UACAAAACGCUCAUUUGACGCAGGUUGAUCAGGAGUCUCUUACAAACAGCGUCACAACUUCUGAACCCCGAUCUGUGUCCCACUUUAAAAAAGAGUUUCAACACGAGGCUUUCACUUCAGACCGCCAGCUCAACAGAAACCGGGAGAAGUUCCCCGUAACGUCUCCUUAAGAAUGAAACUGACGAUCCUGUAUUGCACCGUGUUGAGUCUGGUGUGUCUUCUUUAUCUGGAAGAUCGUAGACCACAAGAAACAUAACAGCGUUCCUCUGAAAGCAGAAUAUGAAAGAAAGAAGGCCGAGCUGGGGAAGACUGAGGCUGAAAUUCAGCAGAUGAUCCAGAAGAGCCGACUGAAGAUUCAGGAGAUGAAACACUCAGCGAAGCUCAGUGAGGAAGAUGCAGACAGAGAGAUAGCAGAUGGUGUUCAGGUCUUCACUGCUCUGAAGAAGUCUGUUGAGAGAAGCCAGGCCGAGCUCAUCAACACGAUCAAAGAGAAGCAGAGAAAGACAGAGAAACAGGCUGAAGGCUUCAUCAAAGAGCUGGAACAGGAAAUCUCUGAGCUGAAGAAGAGAAGCACUGAGGUGGAGCAGCUCUCAUGCUCUGAAGACCACCUCCACCUCCUCCAGAGCUUCAGGACCCUGAACACUGCUCCACCCACCAAGAACUGGACAGGAGUCAGAGUCAGUCCACCUUCAUAUGAGGGGACUUCAACGACAGCUGCAUAUCUGCUUAUUAAACAGAUGAAGAAGGCUGUGACCAAGGCCAACCUGAAGAAGAUCCAGCAGUCUGCGGUGGAUGUGACCCUCGAUCCUGAUACGGCACAUCCCAAACUCAUCCUGUCUGAUGACGGGAAACAAGUCAAACACGGUGACAUAGAGAACAAUCUCCCAGACAAAUCCAGGAGAUUUGACUCUUGUACUUGUGUUUUAUCAAAGCAGAGUUUCUCUUCGGGAAGAUUUUACUUCGAGGUUCAGGUUGAAGGGAAGACUGCGUGGGAUUUAGGAGUGGCCAAAGAGUCAACCAACAAGAAGGGAAUCAUCACACUGACUCCUCAGAAAGGUUACUGGACGAUAUGUUUGAGAAAACAAAUUGAGUACUUUGCUCUUGCUGACCCUUCAGUCCGUCUCUCUCUGAAGUCUCAGCCUCAGAAGGUGGGGGUGUUUGUGGAUUAUGAGGAGGGUCUGGUCUCCUUUUAUGACGUUGAUGCUGCAGCUCUUAUCUACUCCUUUACUGGCUUCAGCUUCACUGAGAAACUCUACCCAUUCUUCAGUCCUGGUCCCAAUCAUGGUGGUAAAAACUCUGCUCCUCUGAUCAUCUCUGCUGUCAAUCACUAAGUAGAACAAGAAUGUAAUUUCUAUAAAACUAUUCAUUGUCCUUUAAAACAGUGGUUCUCAACUGGUCUGGCUGCGGGACCCACCAUCACCCCUUAAUGACAAA